GAUUGGCUGUUGACACGUUUCCGUGUUUGGGUUCAGGCUAUAUAAGCAAAGCAGCCCCUGGAUUUAAUCACUGCACACUCAGACGGAGCAGAAGCAUCUGAAAACCUCACACUGACAUGAAAAUGAGGUCAACAAACCUGGACAAAGCAGUGGCUGUGCUCGUCCUCCUCUCCACCAUGGGACAGUGUGCAGUGCUGACGGAAGACCUUCAAACCACAACCGGCCCUGAUCCGACCACGUCCUCUACGAACACAUACACUAACAACAGCAGUAUGGACCAGCCUCUUGUUCUGCGGUCACACAGGUCCGAUUGUGGUGACGAACACGCAGACUUCUGUGCGAAUGGUGGCGUGUGCAUGUACCCCCAAGACAGCACCGAGCCUUCCUGCAUCUGUGCGCCUUCGUUCGGCGGCCCACGGUGCAUGAUCCUCAGUCAGCUCUCUCACACUCAUGCUGAGAUAGAGCAGGUGAUCGGUAUCACUUUUGGAGUGGCCAUGAUCCUGCUGGCCCUGUUCGUCACCGUGUACUGCUGCAUCCAGAGGAGGUGUGUCAAAUCACCACCACUGAUAAAAUCUGCACCAGCCACCUCAGUGUGAUCCCACCAACCCAUCGUCAUCAUUAUCAUUAUCGCCAUCAUCAUCACCGGCACCACCACGACUAACAUCAUCAUCAUCAUCACCAUCAUAAUGGUCACCCACUGGAUGUGCAGUGAGGAGCAGGGCCGUCUCAACAGUAUUAUGGGCCCCUGGGCAAAGCAGUGCACUGGGGCUCCUACGACCACUAGUCACAGGAAUAAAAAUAUAAAUGGUCAUUCAUAUCAUAUUCAAAUCGUUCCUAUAUUAAUUUUAAUGGCACUCAAUUUGAUAUUUAAUGUUUAAUGCAGUUAUGAUUGUUUUCAUAUAAAUAAUUUAAUAGAUAGAUUAGAUUAGUUAAAUUAAAUAUAUGUUAGUUACUAAACUUAAUUGAAAUAUAAUAUUUAAGUAAAAAUUAUAGAUUGUUUGAAAAACUCCGGUACAAAAUUUAAAAAAAAUCUGGGAAAAAAUGAUAGAAAAUUUUUUGUACAAAAUUUUUAAAAAUCUAAAAAAACAUUGAAAAUUUUCAGUACAAAAUAAUGAAAUCUACAUAAAAUGAUUAAGAAACUUUAAUACAAAAUAAAACAAAUCUAUAUUAAAAUAAUGGAAAAUCUUGAGUACUUUGAGUACUUGAGUAAUUUUUUUUUUAAAUAAUUGGAAAAAAAAAAACAGAACCAAACUUAAAUUAAUAAUUAGUGAGGCAACUGUACACCUUUGAUGGGUAUGUAUCAUAUAUGAUACAUGGGUCAAUGAAGGGUUAACAUACACAAACUAGCAUGGGGUCCCCGCGCUUGUGGGGCCCAUCAGGCCCAUGUAUUAAGAUGGCCCUGAUGAGGAGGCCCCGACCCAUUUGUCAUAAGAGAAAUGAAACCAAACACUGACAGACCCAGGGGAGACUUUGAAUGUGUCUUUUUUGUAUUAUUUAUUUGCAGCGUUUUGGGUAAAAUAACUAUUUAUUGUAAUAAAGACAGUAAUUUAUAUUGUACCUAUUUAGGUUUUUUAAUAAAUCCAUUGAAA